GCCCAGACAAACGUCCAGUGUAGGCAAAUUCUGUUUGCUCCACUGAAUGCCUGGUGAGAGUUUCUCUGUGUGUCUCUGUUACCCGGGACCCCAGCAGCCUCAGCUAUUCAUCCUCAGAAUUUCAGUGUCUGGAUGGAAUCCAAGUGGGUAGUUAAGGCUCAAGAGUCAUUUUAAGGGGAAAGGGAAUGAAUCAUUCCAAACGACGAGGGAACACAGAUCUAAACCUCAGUGACUAAAAUUACACACCAAAACCAAGAGUUGGACCAGAUCCCCCAUGGCAGGCUUAAAGCUACCUUUCAUAAUGGUUGUCUUCCCAGCUUUGACAAUGUCGUUUUUGAACCUUGGAGAGGAAAUCAAUGAAUCUGUGAUUUGCACCAAGGACUUGAUGGAAGUGGAGAUUCCCAAAUAUUUCUUCUUAACGAGGAUUCCUCCAGUAUAUAUUAGGGAUCUGCAUCUGAAUGAUCCUGAAUGUCAGGGAACAGAGACUGAAGACUUCUACGUGUUCAGUGUAAAAACAAACCUUUCAGACUGUGGCACCCUAACGGACUCUGAUGAUGUGCACAUCGUGUUCAGUAACACAAUACAGAACAAUAACUCUGGCAUUAUCACCAGAACCUACAUCAACCUCACCUUUGCGUGCAGAUACCCACUGAACUACAUUGUGCAGCAGAUCAAUGCGGAUAACAAGAUAAGUGCUGACACCAGAACCAUCACACUGAACACGGAAGAUGGCAACUUCUCUAUUGCAAUGAUGCUUUUUAAAGAUGAAAAUUAUACGGAUAAGUGGACCAGUGUUCCUUUUCUGAGUCUGGAAGAUAACAUCUAUGUGAAAGUCACCAUGAUACCAACUCACUUAUCUGUGCGCCUGGAGAAGUGCUGGGCAACGCCAACCAAUGAGCCUCAUCAUAACACUCAGUAUGUCUUCAUUAAAAACAGCUGCCCAGAGGUAACAACUGAACACACCUUAUCGGUGAAAGCAAAUGGACAAGGUUCGGAGGCCAGAUUUCGGAUUCAAAUGUUUAAGUUUGUGGGGAACUCCUACAAUGAUAUCUUCCUGCACUGCCAUGUUCAAAUAUGUCACAGUGCAGUUGUCCAAUGCAAGCCUAAUUGCAGCAGUUUUGAUGAGGUAGCAAGAGCACGAAGGGAGCUUGCCUCAUUACACAUUGUUUCUUAUGGACCAAUCAGUCGAAAAUCAUCCAAUACAAAAUCAGCGAACCCAGGAGCAGUAUAUCUCCCCCAUGUUGAAACUUGCAUCUUGACUGGAGUGCUACUGGUAGCGCUGAUAACAUCGGCUGUGCUGUACAAACUCUGGCUGCGGACAGAACGUUCAAACCCCGCAACCCGUGUGCAACUAACUCUGGCAAACUUCUCUCAUUCUGAGCCAGCAUCUUGAACAAUGUUCCUCACAACUUCCAAUUACUCCUCGUAUGCCAUCCUCAUCUUAGUCCAUGGUCCUGCAGAAAACAUAACUCUCUUCUGAGUUCAUCCUAAUUCAGUAUCAUCUCACCAUCCUAUUUUAACUCACCUCUUUCUUCCUCUUUGGUCUGUGUGGAAUUACGCAGUUUGGAAACAGACCCAUCAAGCACCCAUUUAUAUCAACCCUACACUGAUCCCAUUCCUUACUCUUCACUUUCCCAUCAACUCCCCCCCCCCCCCCCAGUUUCUGCCACUCAUCUACAUGUUCUGGGGCAGCUAAUUAACCUACUAACACGCAUGUCUUUGGGGUGUGGGAGGAAACCAAAGCUUUGGGUGGAAAUCCAUGCAGAGAAUAUGCAAAGUCUACACAGAUAGUACAAGAGUCACUCAAGCUAUAAGGAAGCAGCACUACUGGCUUACCCUACCCAUAAACCAUUAAACACAGUUCUCUUUAUUACCAUCGCAUCCCAAUAUUCUACUGACCAGCAACCUCAGUCUUACAGAAUAUCAUACAUUUUCAUUCCCAUAUGUUUUCUUCUGGUACCCAAAAUUUAUUGAGUACAGUAAACCCUUGCAAUAACGGUGGGGGAGGGGGGGCAGGAUGGUGUCUGUUAUUGCUGAUUGUCUGCUAUAACUGACUGAGGGAGGGGGGUAAGGUUGUAAAUUUUAACCCAAGGCUGUCAGGAAAUAAACACUAUGCUGGGGAGGGGGGUGGGAGGAGAUGGUUAAACUUGUGGGAAUUCAUAGGCUGGGGAGCCACAGAGGACUCAGCCCCUCACAUGAUGCGCCAGGGACAGGGCUGGUACACACACCGCUUUCAUGCUGCCUGCUCUCUCUGCUCCUGAAAUCGGAAGCAUGCCACGUGGCGCCACCUCAUUAAGUAACUGACAGAAGUGGGGGAACGGUGCAACGGGAGGCUGGGUCCGCUACAAUCAAAAUCCGCUAUAUAGAGGUCCGUAUUUGCGAGGGUUUACUGUACAUGUCUUCAGUAAGAAGGUUAUGAUAAAAAUGAAUCUAAAGGUGUACCAAGUUCUUCCUUCAGUUCCUUGUUGGGCAGAGCCCUCUGGAAUAGUUUUUGUAAGGAAUUGUAAGGAAUGCACAAAUAUUACUGCUAAAACGCUUAAAAUGAUGUAAAAGAAUCUGAAAUAAAUGAAGCAUAGAAAAUGUAUUAAAUGCUUAAAAAUUAAAAUGA